UAUGCCAAAAGCUGAUUUUCCAUCACUGCACAGCAAGAUGCUUAAAUUUACAUUACUCAUCAGCUGUAUUAUAAUGGUUAAAGCACAAAAUACAACAACAGAAGUUCAGACCGCUACAAAUGAAUCAUUGCCAUCUCAAUCCAAAGAAACUUCAACAGUUACAGCAUCUAAUUUUUCAGAAAUAUUUACAGCUUACUUAUCCACAAGUGAAUAUCCAGGAAAUGUAUCUACACAAUCAGUAACAGAAUCAUUGCAAUCUGCCGGAACUUCUGAAUCACCAAAAUGCUUAUCAACACUAUCGAUUACAGUAUCAACUAUUACUUUACCAGAAUCGACUACAGAUCACUCAACAUCUGAAACUCCUGAAACUUCCUCACAAACCAAUGCAGAAUCAAUAAACACUGUCAUGGAAUCCUCAACAGAUUAUUCAGCAACCACAGAAUCUCCAGAAAGUUUGUCAACAACACUAGCUACAGCAUCACCCUUUACUUCACCACAAUCAUCUACAGAUCAGUCAUUAAUCUCUGAUUCAGUAACACAAACAGUUACAGCAUACCCAUAUACUUCAUUAAACUUAUUAGCAGAUUACUCAACAUCUGCAUUUACAAUUUUAUUAACCUCUGAAUCAACAGUUGUUACAGUAUCACCAAUUUCUUUACCAGAAUCAUCUACAGAUCACUCAACAUCUGAAUCGCCUGAAACUUCCUCACAAACCAAUGCAACUCCACAAUAUACUUCAUCAGAAUUAUCUACAGAUCACUCAACAUCUAAAUCUUCAAACAUUUUCUCACAAACAAAUGCAAAUUCACCAUAUACUUUUACAGAAUCAUUAACAGAUUACUCAUCAAUUACAGAAUCUUCAGAAAGUUUGUCAACAACACUGGUUGGAGCAUCACCCUUUACUUCACCAGAAUCCUCUACAGAUCCCCCAUUAACCUCUGAUACCCCAGUAAAUUCAGCAACACAAACAGCUACAGCAAACCCAUAUACUUUAUUAACUUUAUUAGGAGAUCACUCAACAUCUGGAUUUACAGAAGUUUUAUCUACCUAUAAAUCAACAGAAAGUUUGUCAACACCAGUGGGCAAAUUAUCGCCAUUUACUUCAUUAGAUAUUUCCACAGCAUCACCAUAUACUUCACCAGAACUAUCAAUGGAUUACUCAUCAACACCUCACUCUCCAGGAGCUGUAACAUUACCAGUUAUAGUGUCACAAUUUACCUCACCAGAAACAUCUACAUAUCCAUCAUCCAUAUCAGACUCUGCAAACAUGUUAGCAACCUCUGAAUCUCCAGAAAGUCUUUCAACACCAGCAGUUACAGUAUCACCCAUUACUUUACCAGAACCAACUACAGAUCACUCAACAUCUAAAUCUCAUAAACCUUCUUCACAAAACAAUGCAACAACACCAUAUACUUUUUUGAAAUCAUCUACAGAUCAAUCAACAUCUGAAUCUUCAAACACUUUCUCACAAACAACUGCAAAAUCACCAUAUACUUUUACAGAAUCAUCAACAGAUUACUCAUCAAUUACAGAAUCUCCAGAAAGUUUGACAACACCACUGGUUACAGCAUCACCCUUUACCUCACCAGAAUCAUCUACAGAUCACCCAUUAACCUCUGAUUCCCCAGAGCUGUAA